AUGGAGACUAACGACGACUACUUUGCCUACGAUAACGCUUACGACGCCUGUUAUACCACGGGUAACUUCAUCUGGCUGAGGGUGAGGUAUCAGCAGACAGGUAACACCGGCACGGACAGAAGACUGGAACUCUUCACUGAGUUCUCUGAGUGGGCGCAGUCCACCACCUUCGCUCCGUACACCGUGAUGGAUACCGCUGCGUGCGUGGGAGCCUGUGCUUGUUGUAUUGAGGAUAGGUGUUUGAAAGCACCCACCACAAUCAUGGAUAGACUCAAGUGUUCUUCUAAUAAAAGGAGGAGGAGAGCAGCUGAGGAUGAUUUCCCAACAUUGUCGUUCGACGCUUUCGCGAGAAAUGGAAACGCCACUUACGUGACCAGAUCUGACGAGAUACGUUGUGGUGCUGGAUCCGUUCCUCUGGACAACAGUUGUAUGGUGUGCGUAGAAGGAACCUACCAAUCUGGUGACCAAUGUGUGAGCUGCCCGGCGGGAACAUACCAAGACCAGACGGGAACUAGCACGUGUUCUUCGUGCCCCGAGGGCACCAGUACUACCAGUACCGGAGCUACUGCUCCUUCUCUCUGUAUACAAGUGUGUCAGAUGGAGGAGGUGCGAUACGGAGUGAGCGACCCACCUGCUGGGUGGAUCGUUAAACUGGGAGAACCCGUCACAGUGAGAUGUAACCAGGGCUUCCAGUUGGGAGGACAGAGUAUUACUGUUACUCAGUUGAAGACAUGCACUGAUAAACCUUCUUGCUCACGAGUACAAAUCAGCACAACCUCUCUUAACGUUCUGGAAAGUUCCGUUCUUGACCUGAGCUGCAAGAUAACCGCCGCCUCUAAGCCAGAACUUUGUCUUUUCUAUAAGGACUCGAGGCAAAUUAACGCUACUGAACCACUCAGUUUGGAAGGAGGCAAGUUCUCAUGUGAGACUAGUAUCACAAUGGUACAGGGCUCUGAUGAAGGCUCUUACUCCUGCUCUGCUGUCUGGAGUGAUGACGCUCAGCCCGAACCAAGCAACAUAAUUGAUAUAAGAGUUAUGGGUCUGACGUUUGACUCAACUGUAACUGUUUAUUCUGAGAAUUCAGAUCACACAUUCUUCUGUGCUGCAACUGUUCCUUCCGAUUCCAUAGUUAUUAUUUCUUGGACUAGAAACGGACAACCGGUGGGAGAGAGACUGACCUCAACGUCCAACCCGGCCAUCGGUGUCCUGAAUCUGGAGACCAUCACCCCGAAAGACCAGGGAGACUACCAGUGCCGAGCUACCUACCUCGGUAUAGGUACCAUCGUCUCAGAUCCUGCUACACUUACUGUUCUAGGCUUCUUAGAGGCUCUCACUGACAUGGACUUAACUAAAGGAAACAGCGUCAGUCUGCACUGCAAACCUACUUUGGGGGAAAUAACCUGGUCUCUGAACGGCUCCCCGUUCUCCUCUACCUCCACCUCUCUUAUAAUGAAGAAUGUGGGCCAGGAGAACGAGGGUGUCUACAAGUGCCAGGCUGCUCAUCAGGGACAAACCCUCUCCUCGUCGGCUAAAGUCACUGUGUCUGAUACGGGAAUUACCCAACAUCCUGUGGACACGCCACUACAAUCUGGCCAACAAGCUACUCUUACCUGUGCUACUAACGCAGACUCGUCCUUCAAAUGGUUUAUCAACGAAAAAGAGAUCAGCACUGGAGUUGAGAGCACAUCAACGCAGUCUAUCUUGGUCACCUCACCCUUGACUUUGAGAUCACGCGUGCAGUGCGUUGUCUCGUCAGGGGACAAAAAAUACUUAUCUAAAAAAGCUCUGGUAAAUCUUAUUGGUUUCAAGACAAUGCCUAAAGACAGCGGUCUACCUGUAGUGGGAGAUGUAACCCUGAUCUGCAGCGUUCUAGGAGAUGGGCUCAAACAGUUGGUCUGGAUCAGAUCUUCUGAUUCCAGUGAGGUCCCCAGCCGUAAGACAGAGAGGUACAAUACCGGUUACGCGACUACCAACGUGCUGACUACUAGCCAGGAAGGAACUUACUUCUGCAAGGCUACUUUCGAGCAAGGCUUUAUCAUCGAGUCCGAGAGAGCAAAUAUCUCUCCAGUCCGAGUGGACUUGUCUGUUGAAACUGUAGCUCUGGGAGAUGAUAUAACACUCACGUGUACUGUUACUGGGGCUAUUAAAGCAGAUCUGGUCUUCUGGACUAAGGACGGAGAACUUAUGUUCAACGAUAAGAGUGUUAGUCACGUGCCUGGAUCCGUCACAUCCUACAGUUACCUAACCUUGAACUCAAUUCUCACCUUUGACAUGGGAGAGUACCGCUGUGCUGCCUCCAUCCUGUCAGAUCUAACAGUGUACGGAUCAGAACCCGCUCCCCUCAAACUACUGGGAUUCAUUGACGUAGUAUCUGAUAUCGUGGUCAAGAGAGGACAGCUGACUGAGGUGGUAUUCAGUGUUCGGCACCAGGACGGAGUCAAGGUGUCAUGUGAUCUGUCACAAGGUGCCGUGCAGAUCAGUGACGGUGAUCACCAUGGUGAUGCGGUGAGGUUCCGAGGAGAAGUGAUAAGUGUGGGUGAGGAGGUGAAGGAGAUUCAAUACAGCUGUUCUGUUUCUUACGGAGCUGAUGUAGUUAUCAAAUCUGAUUUAGCAAAGAUCUAUAUCGUUGAUGAACCCACUCUGGAAGUAGAUAGUUCUCGCUACGUGCUGAUCGGAGAGGAGGCGCUCCUUACCCUGACUGCAAACUACAUAACUAACGUGCCUGCCGUUCAUUGGAAGGUCAACAGUUUGAGAACUAUACAAUUCUCUGGCUCCUACACCAGUUCUGAGUAUACCAGCACCCUACAGUGGCCAGUCACUCAAGACAUAGAGGUCGAGGCUACAGUUCACUACGCUGACGUCGGAGGGUAUUCUGUCAGGAGAGCUGUUGUGCUCGCUUACGGAGUGGAAGGAGUAACCGGACCGGAGAAGGUGCACCUGGGGGAAGGUUACAACCUGACUUGCUCUGUUGCUACAAUAGAUGAGAAUACCAAGAUCACUUGGUACCGAGCUGAUAGUCCAGUUCUACCCCACUCUACCCUCUACUACGAUAACAAGAUAUCAUCAGUAUUGUAUCUACCUGAAGUAGAAGCUAGCGAUAUUGGUAUUUACACUUGUUCCGCAGCAUUCUCUGACGGAAAAGAAUCAUCAGGAGCUUUCUAUGUUACCCAAACCAGUGACUGUAAAUUACCAAGCAUUGAGAACGCCGUCAUGGACUCAAGCUCCGACAUUAUCUCUCAUUUGGGUGAACUGAAGGUGAACUGUGGGGACGAGACAAUCGUUAUCAAGUGUGAACACGGUUCCUGGGACCAGACUCUCGUCUUCUGCCCUGCGCCACAGACCAGCUGGGACAUAAUCGGUAUUGUGGUGGUUGCAGUUCUGCUUGUUGUUGGUGUCGGUGUGUUCUUCUUCUACAAGAAACACACCAGGGCAGUAUCUUCCUCCCUACCCGAAUCUGGAGCUGACUCUGUUGAGAUGUACAAGAGACAGUGGAAGGACCAUUCUGAAGUCAUCAAUAAUCCAACCGCAAUGGAGAACGUGGACCUGGAUUCUCAGAAUCACCAACAACUGGAAAGAACAAUGACUCAAAUAUCCAGCUAAUUAUCAGCUAAUUAUCAGUUAAUUAGCUAAUUGGUUUAGAAGACUGAAUGUCUAGGAUUUGUAGGCUUAGAGAACGCAGGCUGUGUAACUAGACUUGUAAAGACUGUUAGAGUUAUACUUUUCAGAUAAUAUCUAGGUACUGUAUUUUCAUUGGCCCAGAUGUUACUUUAUAAAUGCAGGUAUUAAUUUAAGUUACUGUAAUUAUUGACCCGAAAAGUACAAUCUGGAUUCAAAUUAAAACAGUCUUGUAACAUACCAACGAGUAAAAAUUAUAAAGGCGAGUUUGAUACUUCUGUAUAUAACCAGCUUUUCAGAUUAUUUCUAGGUACUGUAUUUUCAUUGGCCUAGAUGUUACUAUGUAAUAAUGCCUGUAUUAAUUUAAUUUUAAGUUACUGUAACUAUUGACCCAAAAAGUACAAAAUAUUCACACUACAUUAAUAUUGAAAGUUUAAAUUAUAAAUGCGAGUUUGAUACUUGUCUGUAUAAUCAGCUGAUUCAAAUUCAAAUUCAAAUUCAAAUCAAAUUACAAUUUAUCAAAAUUAUCAAUUUAUAUGUAUAAUUAUACAAUUUCAAUUUACUCUCACAUAAUAUAUUGUAUCACUAAUAUAUCUCAUUUACCUUGUUUUCACUUAGACAGAAUUAAAUACAUUUUGUAAUAUGGUGAAUGAUGAGAAUAAUUAAUCAUAUAUGUGGCAAGUGAAGGGUACUGAAUAUUAAAAUUUAAAAUGGAGAGUUCGGAAUUUGUGAGUAACUGCCAACCGGGGUACGCAGUAGCCUACAGGCUAAAAAGAGCGUUCACCGGAUUGUGUGCGCAAUAUCUAAUCUGAUUAUUAUUCUGUGUUUAUAGCGAUGUAAGUGACCCAGAUUACAUUAAUACAUCUUUUUUUAUGAGAUAUUAAGUUGAUUUUUGUAUAUUUUAUCAUUAUUUAAACAUUAAAUUUUUUUAAGAUUCAGCUGUUAUGUUUGAGCUAAAAGUUAGCUUUAGACUUAGACUAUAAAAUAAUUAUAAAUUAAACAUCGUGUCAAUGUCAGAUAAUUAUUAAAAGUAUAUUCGACUUC